AUGACUGAGAAAGGACAAACAGGUGCGAAUUGUAAUCUUGAAAACACCAACAGGAUUGCCAAUGAAGUUGGAAAGAGUAGAGAGGAAGAAAAAGGGAAUAGUCAUAUUGGACACGCCAAAUAUUUCCAGAACGCUAUAGACCGCUAUGAACGAGACCUCAAAAUAUCAAGAAAAGUGGGAGACAGGGCAAGAGAACGAAGAGCGUAUUGUAAUCUUGGCAACGCCUAUCACAGUCUUGGACAUUUCAAGAGAGCCAUAGAGUACCAUGAACGAUACCUCAAAAUUUCGAAAGAAGUGGGAUACAGGGCAGGAGAAGGAAAAGCGUACUGUAAUCUUGGCAACACCUUUAGAAAUCUUGGAGAUUUUCAGAAAGCCAUAGAGUACCAUGAACGAUACCUCAAAAUUUCGAAAGAAGUGGGAGACAGGACAGGAGAAGGAAAAGCGUACGGUAAUCUUGGAAUCGCCUUUAGCAAUCUUGGAGAUUUCCAGAAAGCCAUAGAGUACCAUGAACGACACCUCAAAAUUUCGAAAGAAGUGGGAGACAGGGCAGGAGAAGGAAGAGCGUUCUGUAAUCUUGGCAACGCCUUUCAAAAUCUUGGAGAUUUUCAGAAAGCCAAAGAUUACCAUGAACUAAAACUCAAAAUUUCGAGAGAAGUGGGACACAGGGCAGGAGAAGGAACAGCGUACUGUAAUCUUGGCAACGCCUAUCACAGUCUUGGAGAUUUCCAGAGAGCCAUAGAGUACCAUGAACGAUACCUCAAAAUUUCGAAAGAAGUGGGACACAGGGCAGGAGAAGGAAAAGCGUACGGUAAUCUUGGCAUCGCCUUUAGCAAUCUUGGAGAUUUCCAGAAAGCCAUAGAGUAUCAUGAACGAUACCUCAAUAUUUCGAAAAAAGUGGGAGACAGGGCAGGAGAAGGAACAGCGUACUGUAAUCUUGGCAACGCCUAUCACAGUCUUGGAGAUUUCCAGAGAGCCAUAGAGUACCAUGAACGAUACCUCAAAAUUUCGAAAGAAGUGGGACAAAGGGUAGGAGAAGGAAGAGCGUACGGUGGUCUUGGCAACGACUUUCAAAAUCUUGGAGAUUUUCAGAAAGCCAUAGAGUACCAUGAACAAGAGCUGGAAAUUUCGAAAGAAGUGGGAGACAGGGCUGGAGAAGGAAGAGCGUACUGUAAUCUUGGCAACGCCUUUCAAAAUCUUGGAGAUUUUCAGAAAGCCAAAGAGUACCAUGAACAAAAACUCAAAAUUUCAAAAGAAGUGGGAGACAGGGCAGGAGAAGGAAAAGCGUAAGGUGGUCUUGGCAACGCCUUUCAAAAUCUUGGAUAUUUUUAGGAGGCCAUAGAGUACCAUGAACAAGACCUCAAAAUUUCAAAAGAAGUGGGAGACAGGGCAGGAGAAAAAUCAGAGUACGGUAGUCUUGGCAACGCCUAUGACAGUCUUGGAGAUUUCCAGAAAGCCUUAGAGUACCAUGAACGACACCUGAAAAUUUCGAAAGAAGUGGGAGACAGGGCAGGAGAAGGAAGAUCGUACGGUUGUCUUGGCAACGCCUUUCACAAUCUUGGAGAUUUCCAGAAAGCCAUAGAGUAUCAUGAACGAUACCUCAAUAUUUCGAAAAAAGUGGGAGACAGGGCAGGAGAAGGAACAGCGUACUGUAAUCUUGGCAACGCCUAUCACAGUCUUGGAGAUUUCCAGAGAGCCAUAGAGUACCAUGAACGAUACCUCAAAAUUUCGAAAGAAGUGGGACAAAGGGUAGGAGAAGGAAGAGCGUACGGUGGUCUUGGCAACGACUUUCAAAAUCUUGGAGAUUUUCAGAAAGCCAUAGAGUACCAUGAACAAGAGCUGGAAAUUUCGAAAGAAGUGGGAGACAGGGCUGGAGAAGGAAGAGCGUACUGUAAUCUUGGCAACGCCUUUCAAAAUCUUGGAGAUUUUCAGAAAGCCAAAGAGUACCAUGAACAAAAACUCAAAAUUUCAAAAGAAGUGGGAGACAGGGCAGGAGAAGGAAAAGCGUAAGGUGGUCUUGGCAACGCCUUUCAAAAUCUUGGAUAUUUUUAGGAGGCCAUAGAGUACCAUGAACAAGACCUCAAAAUUUCAAAAGAAGUGGGAGACAGGGCAGGAGAAAAAUCAGAGUACGGUAGUCUUGGCAACGCCUAUGACAGUCUUGGAGAUUUCCAGAAAGCCUUAGAGUACCAUGAACGACACCUGAAAAUUUCGAAAGAAGUGGGAGACAGGGCAGGAGAAGGAAGAUCGUACGGUUGUCUUGGCAACGCCUUUCACAAUCUUGGAGAUUUCCAGAAAGCCAUAGAGUAUCAUGAACGAUACCUCAAUAUUUCGAAAAAAGUGGGAGACAGGGCAGGAGAAGGAAGAGCGUACGGUAAUCUUGGUUACGCCUAUUACAGUCUUGGCGAUUUCCAGAAGGCCUUAGAGUUUUAUAAGAAGAGUGUUACAGCUUUCGACCACAUCAGGGGAAAUCUCAUAUCUAAUGACGAAUGGAAGAUAAGCCUUGCGAAUACAUAUGAUCAUAUUAAUUUGAGUCUAUGGGGGCUGCAGUUUAAGGAAGGUAAAGUCAUCGAGGCACUUUUAACUGCUGAUCAUGGACGUGCACAGGCUCUAAACGAUCUUCUGCAGUUCAAGUAUGGCCUUAAAGGGCUACGCUCAGAAAUAGGAACACUUUCUGCAAGACCAAGUGACUUUCCUGGCUACCUACCUUCAAAUACAGCUUUUAUAGCUAUCAACGAAGGAGGAAUAGUUCUCUGGGUGAGCGAGAAAGGAAAAGAAAUCAAAACUAGAAGAAGCCAGAUUGUUAUCCUUGCUACAAAUUAUUUUCAGUCUCUUUUGGAAACUAUACAUAAAGAAAUAGGUGUGAGAGCUGAUGUUAUUUGUGAAGAUCGCUCGUUAAGGAACCCAAACGAUAAAAAGUUAGCAGAAGAAAGAUCCAUUAAGGCAAAGUGUCAUCCUUCAUGUUUUGAGACAAAAUCAUUACAAACAUUUUACAGUGCUGUUAUAGACCCUAUAAGAGACUUACUCCAGGGCGAUGAGGUUGUUGUCGUUCCAGAAGGACCUUUGUAUUUGGCGCCUUAUGCUGCUUUAAUGCACUUGAAAUCAAAGUACCUAUGUGAAACUUUCAGAAUUCGUCUGCUUCCCUCACUUUCUAGUCUUCGAUUAAUCCAAAAUAGUCCAGCAGAUUGGCACAUGAAGACUGGCGCUCUUCUUGUUGGCGAUCCGUGUUUACAGGAAGUAGUUUAUGAAGGAAUGACGCUAGAGCAGUUACAGUGGGCUAAAAAAGAAGUGCAGAUGAUUGGGGAAAUACUUCAAACUGUACCUCUCAUUGGAAAACAGGCAACAAAAGAUGAAGUUUUGAGACGUAUCUCCUCGGUUGCUUUGGUGCACAUUGCUGCUCACGGUAAAAUGGAAACAGGAGAAAUUGCCUUGGCCCCUAACACAACACGUUCGUCAUCAGGAAAUCCAGCCAGAGAAGACUAUCUCUUAACUAUGAAAGAUGUUUUAAAGGCGCAGAUCAGGGCAAGACUUGUUGUACUUAGUUGUUGUCAUAGUGCUCGGGGAGAAGUCAAAUCUGAGGGUGUGGUCGGCAUCGUACGGACCUUUUUGGGGGCUGGUGCUCGUUCUGUUCUGGUGUCCCUGUGGGCGAUCGACGACGAAGCUACUAUGGAGUUCAUGAAAGUUUUCUACCAACACUUAGUCCAUGGACAAAGUGCCAGUGAGGCCCUGAAUAAAGCCAUGAAUUCGAUGAGAGAAUCUGACCGCUUUAACGCAGUCAAGUACUGGGCGCCGUUUGUUCUCAUUGGUGAUGACGCUACUCUUGAGUUUGAUGCAUCCAUUAAAUAG